UUGUCGCCAGGAGUGCAAAUCAUGUCAUUUGCCGCUAGAUGUCCCUGCAAGCCAAAAGAGUUUUGUUUCCUUAAAUACAACAGGUUUUUGCAGUCUGGAGCAUUGUUUUGUCAGCUGCAAUUAUCUCCCUCUCUUUUUCUCCUUUCAUCUUUUUAAUGAAAAUCUUCAUGCAUAUGAAUACGUGGCCAGGUGUCUUGAUUUUCUGAGAUGUCACAGGAAGGAGUGGAUGGUCUUGUAAAUUAGUUAUACAUUAAUCUUUUCUUCAUACUCAUCGUGAACAGUCAUCAUAAAAUGGAUGGCUUGGGCAACCUCCUUCCUCCUGUGGGUGAAAAUGGUGAUGCAGCUAAUUCACAAGAAAUACUAAAACUUUUGAUGGAUGAAAAAAUGCGAAGCGAACACCAUAAAGCAAAUUAUCAAACUCUAAGGGCAGAACAUUUAAGAUUACAAGAGGAUUAUACCAAAUCACAAGAUGAACUGAAACGCUUGUUAGUUGAAAAACAGACUGUACAUGACAAAUUUCAGCAUCUUCUUGCUGACUUUCAAGAGCAGUUGCUGGCUAAAACACAAGAGCUGGAACAAGUGAAGCUGCAGGUGCUAACUCCUCAAAAUUUAGAACGGUUAAAAGCAAAAAUCUAUGAGGAAAUGAUGUCUCCAAUGAGAGAGCGUUAUCAGAAGCUAGAAAAUGAAGUAGAAAAAUACAGAACACUAUAUAACAAACUUCGCUAUGACCAUACCUUUCUGAAAUCAGAAUUUGAGCAUCAAAAGGAAGAACAUGCACAUAUUUUAGAAGAGAAGAAGAUAAAAUAUGAGGCUGAGAUUACAAGACUGGAUAAAGAUAAGGAAGAACUCCAUAAUCAGCUGCUUAGCAUUGAUCCAACCAGGGACAGUAAACGUGUGGAGGCACUUUCUAGAGAAAAGGCACAACUGUGUCAGAAAUUAAAAGCCUUAGAAGCAGAAGUAGAAGAACUAAGAGCAGAAAGACACAACUGUGUUGUGCAAGCAGAAAAUGUUCAAAGAGUACAAGCACGACAGUUAGCUGAGAUGCAGACCAUGAUGCGGUCUCUAGAGGCAGAAAAGAAGUCUGCUGAACUACAGAUUGAUCGAAUUGAGAAAGAACUGCAGACAAGUCAUGAGCAAAACAUUCUCUUAACUAACAAACUUCACAAAUCUGAACGAGAAGUCAGCUCCUUAGCUGCUCAAGUAAAAGAACUUAAACAUUCACACAAGUUGGAAGUAACAAAUGUCAAACUGGAGGCAGCAAGAACAAAGAGUGAAAUAGAAAGAGAGAUAAACAAGAUUCAAAGUGAAAUGGAUGGACUGCUGUCUGACAAGGAAAUUCUUACUGCAGCUGUUGAACGUCAUAAAGUGCUUUUAGUAGAAAAGGAUCGGGAGCUAAUUCGUAAAGUGCAAGCUGCCAAAGAAGAAGUUUUUGACAAUAUUGCAACCUUACAGAAUGAAAAGUUAGAACUCGAGAACAGAUUAGCUGAUCUAGAAAAGAUGAAACUGGAACAAGAUUCUUGGAGACAAUCUGAAAAGGAUCAGUAUGAAGAAAAACUACGUGCUGUGCAGAUGGCAGAAGAAUCUAGCAAAAAGGAACUUCAGCGUUUGCGAUUAAAAAUUCAACAGCAAGCUAUGCAGACAGCAGAGCUGGAAGAAAAGAAAUGUGAAAAUGCGAAUCUUAAACAGCAAAUAAAUGAUAUCCAACUCCAGCUUGCCUCACUUUCUCAAUCAGAAAAUGAUUUGGUGGAAUCUAAUCAGAAGUUGAAGGAAAUAAUAGAGAGAUUGAAACAAGAAUGUCAACAUGCAAGGACUCAGGCAGAGAAAGCUCAGCUGGAAACAGAGAAGACUUCAGUAUACCAACGUAUGGAAUGGCUGCAGGAGAAGCAUGUGCUUACUCAGCACAUCACAGAGUAUGAAGAGAAAUACACGCAAAUGAAGAACAAGCUAUGUCGAGCUGCUGUUGCUCAAAAAAAGAGAAAGACUCUCAAUGACAAUAAACAAAGGAGGAUGCGUGAGAAAAUAGAACUUUUGGAAGCCAAGAUGGAAGAACUAGAAAAAGAAAAUCAAGUGUUAAAUAGACAGAAUGUUUCCUCUGAAGAAUAUGCUCACCUCCAGAAGAAGCUAAAGGACUUGCAACGCCGGCACAAUGAAUUCCGGAGUAUAAUUCUGAAUCCUGACAUACCGUCACUCAAUCCAGUUGGUACAACACCAUUGUCUGCCUUGCCUCCUGGGCCUGCAGCAUCUUUCUCCUCUCUUCAGGAGGAGCAGCAUCAAAGAGAGCUUGCCCUGCUUGGCAAGCGGUUGGAAGAACUAGAAACCAGACAAAGAAAACAGCUGGAAGAUCUUGGACCAUCUAGAGAGCGGGUUAUUGAGUAUUGGUGUUAGACUGUAGGAAUAGCGAAAGAAUGACACUGGCGUUGACUCAACCAUUCUCUCCAGAGACUGCAUUUUUCAUUUGCCAUAGUGUGUAAGUAAAAGGAUUUGUCUUGGUUCCAGCCGGGACAGGGUUAAUUUCUGCCAGUAGCCAAGGGGCCAUGGCUGGGAGCCGGGAUUACUCUACACCACCUCAUUGUCCGGGGUCAGGGGAUCCUUCUGGGUCAUGUAGCAUGCCAAGCUCCAUGUGGUGAGGAACCACGUGUGAAUCUGCCUCCCUUCUACCCUCUGUCAUUAGUACUGUUGCUGUUACUGAUCAUUUUCUUACCUCAUUGCUCUUUCCAUAAGUUGUUCUUGUCUCAACCCAUUAUCUUUACUUUUUCUGCCUCCAGUUCUCCUCUCCAUCCUGCCCCGGGUAGAGAAGGUGCGGCAGUGGGAGAGCAGAACAUGGUUUCCAGUGUGUCAGUGGGAGCACUAAACUGGGGAAUACCAUUUCUAAACCAGAGCUAUGCAUUCUUGGGGAAUUUGUUACACUUCUCGGAGGAAAACAGUGUAGCUAUUAGAAGUAACAAAAGCUACUUCUGCUGCCUUCUAUAGAAUAAAUUUGUAGAAAGUAACUUUCUGCCCAAGCCAGCUUUGCCAGAUGGGAUGGUCACCAGUAUCUCCAGCAUGGAACGGUUGCAAAGAUCAGCGGGCGGCAGCUUUGUGCUUCCCCAGCUGUAGCUAUGUCAGCAAGGUGCUCUCUUAUGUCAUAGGGCAGGAGAAGUUUAUACAAACCAGGUUAAGACUCAGAGGGCAGAAAAAAGGUAAUAGCAGGAGGAAGAAUGAUGGUCAGCACCUGGUCUGUGGGCUGUCUUUUUCCAGCUGGUCUCAGGUUAUUUGUGUGAAAGCUUAUUUCCUGUCCCUUGUGCACCUUCUCCUGAAAGAAGGACUAUUGGGUUAUCAUCCUUUUUUAAACAUUCUUAGCUUUUUAAAAAUACCAUCACCCUCACAGCGUUUAAACAGGGCAGUUGAAAUGCAAAUCCUGAAGGCUGUGUGGAGUUGUGGCAGGCACUGCUCAAUCAGCCUGGCCUUGGCCUGUUGCUUCUUCCCACGGGUGGGAAGGCAGCUGGGAAUCCCCCUCCAUUCAGGCUCUGCAGGAGGUCAUUGCUCAGUAGCUGGUGGAGUUUAGGCCAGUGCCUCCCCUCCCCAGGAGACACAAUGAUCAGAUAUUGUAUUCUACCUUCCUGUUCCUCUUCUUCCCAGUUUCAGUGUGAUGGAAGUGUGCUUUGCUGACCUGCAUGGCUCUGUCCUGAAGCCUUGCAGGGGUGGAACUGCAGCACUAUUUCUCACCAAAUGCUACUCUGUGUCUUACACUCCAUUUCUUGCAUUGUUACCAUCUGUGUUUGCUUUCUUGCAACCAUUUAUUUUAAAGUACACAAUCAAACUAACCUCCAAAUGCUUUUAUUCUAGAUAAACCCAUACAAACACCAACAUGUAUUUGUCAUUUGCACUUUUUUAACCAUUCAUUUUAAACAACAGAUUAACUUCUGUACAACAGGAAUUACUUUACACAUCAGUAAGGUUUGACUUCAAACUAGAUGACUGCAAAAUAAUGCUCUGUAAGCUAGUGUUAGAAACACGCUGUUUGCCAUAGCAGUUUGCCUGUAAACAUGGGAAAGUAAGUUGAAGAGAAGUUUGCUUUUCAUUUCUGAAGAUGUGAUUAGAACUGUUGUGUUGUCAUAAUAUCCAUAAUAGUCAGAGGUGAUUCUUUCUCUCUGUGUAACAGUAAUGGCAAAUUGCAGAUACGGAAGGUGUGCCAAUGUUUUGUGUGCUUACCCAAACCUACCAAAAGAGCCACAAUCACUUAAUUAUACUCCACAUCACUUCGUGAGAUCCACUUGAUGGGUUACAAAGUCCCAGUAUGACUUAAAAAUGGUUUACUAACAGAGUGACGCUGUUUAGGAGGCUUGAAUAAAAGGCAAUAAUCCUAUUCCAGGCUGUAGGUAAAGCUACAGGGCCUGCUUCAACACAUACUUAAUCUCUAGAAAUCAUUAAAGCUAUUGUAGCAAACAAGCAGUAGUACAAAUACAGAAUAGGACUGAUUUUCAUUUCCUCAUCAAUAUAAACACAUAUAGUGAAGUUCACAGGAUCAGACCCACGCAAACAGAUUAUAUUUUACAGCUUUUCAAGCAGAAAUGCUGGAGUUGUUUUUUUCUGCCUGUACAGAAGGUUACUGUUGAACAAAACUAUCACAGUUCAUUUGACUGCACUGCCAG